AUGGCGGAAACACGAAAGAUCCAGAUCGCCAUUUCUGGCGGCGGUCUCGCGGGUGCAGCGAUUGCACGGGCCUUACAUCAGCAAGCCCAUAUCGAAGUCACUGUCUACGAAUCUGCGCCUGGGUUCUCGGGAAUGGGAAUGGCGAUUGGCAUGGCGAUUAAUGCGCAGCGGGCGCUGGGUAAGCUGGUGCCUGAUGCGGAGGAGAUGUUCAAGCGGGCAGGUGCUGUGACGAUCAAUUCGUCGAGGAUCAUGCUCGCCGCUGGACCUCACGCAGGCACGAAAGUAAUCGAUGUCGCAGAGGAGAAACCGGGUAAGAUAUUGCAUCGUGCAGCGCUGCUGCAUGAGUUGCUGGAGCCGAUUCCGAAAGACCGGUUGCAUGCGAGCAAGAAGCUUGCGGAGAUCGAAAAGCAGGAGAAAGGUUUACUGUUGAAGUUUGAAGAUGGGUCUGAGGCUUACGCUGAUGCGCUUAUUGGCGCGGAUGGCAUCUAUGGAUCGGUUCGUGCACAUGUUCUUGGUGCGAACCAUGAGGCUGUCAAGCCCGUCGCUGCGGGCUGGGCUGGAGCGAUGAAUAUGGUGCCGUAUCCAAAAGCUGAGGCCAAAUUAGGCGCCGAGAUAUUGAACGAGAAUCGGCAGUUCGGGUGGGUUAGUGAUGGUGGUAUCUUUAUUCAUGAUUCCAUCAUGGGCGGAAAGAUGGUACAGUGCAUUGGCACAUCGGUCAAUCGAGAUACGUCAGGUGCCAGGCGGAUACCAAUCGAUCGCGAGUACAUGGAAAAAGCGUUCGCGAGCUGUUUGGACGGACCUGUGGCCAAGGGGAUGAUCGAUCUCCUGCUUGACCAAGAGAGCCCAGCGGUGUUCGCACAGUAUGAGCACACCAACGCACCAACAUACGUGAGAGGACGUGUGUGUAUCGCCGGUGACGCAGCACAUGCCAUGACACCCUGGCAAGGCAGUGGAGCCGCUACCGCUCUCGAAGAUGCCGUGAUACUCGGUACGCUCUUUGAGCAGAUCAGAUCACCAGAUGAAGUCGAGCAAGUUCUCAAGACGUAUGAUGCCGUUCGUCGACCACGCUCACAGCGCAUUGCCGAGUCGAGUCGCCAGACAGGGCGCAUCUUAAGUGGCAUUGCUGACGACAUUGACUUGGAUCCCGUGAAGAUGCAUGAUGCGUUGACGGAUCGAUGGAGUUUUAUCCACAACUUCGACCUGGAUGGGCAUAUUGAGAGUGCGAAAGCUUCCUUGAAGGAGAAAUCGUAG